AUGGCUUCACCAAUUUACGUUGACGAGGAUGUCGGUCGGGAUGAUGAGUCCGCCGUCGGAACUGAGACAGCCCCUUACAAAACUCUUCUCCAUGCCAUGAUCAAACACCCUCCCGGAAGCGCGACAUAUCAGGUACGCAAAUCGGUGACUGGGACUGUCGAGGCCGAUGGAGAUCCGGCUGCUCGUCUGGAGUGGAAGGCGCCGGCCAAAUCUGCCCUGAAGAAAGCUACCAACUUGUACGAGGCCUACAAGAAAAAGCAGGCCAAGGCAUCGGAACUGGCCAUCCGCGAGAACGCCGAGGCGAUGAAACGGCAACAAGUCCUCGAAGAGGCCAAGAAGGUCAUCAUCAAAGAGGAUGCAAGUCUGCCAGCACCUGUUAGAAUCCGACUCGACGAGACCGACCCAGCCAAAAUCAAGUUAGGCACCUCAGAUAGCCCAGGCACCCGUGUCCGCGUGCUUGGGAGAGUCCAUCACCUACGCUCUCAGAAGGAUAUCAUCUUCGUGACCCUGAAGGACGGAUAUGGCCAAAUGCAAUGCGUGUUUAGCGGCAACCUGAUCAAGACAUACGCAGCCAUGACCCUGACGCUGGAAACCUCACUCGCCAUCCAUGGUGAGCUGAGAGCUCUACCUCCCAAAGCUCAUGCCCCCUUGGACCGCGAGUUGCAUGCCGACUUCUUCACCGUCAUUGGCGCCGCUGUGGGCGACAAGGACGCGAUCACCAACAAAGUCCAGCAGGACGCCGAACCACAGAUUCUUCUGGACAACCGCCACCUGGUCCUGCGAGGUGACCAAGCAUCCUCGGUCAUGAAGGUCCGAGCUGCAGUGACACGAGCAUUCCGCCAGACCUAUGUAGAAACACGACUCACCGAAGUCACGCCGCCUGCUAUGGUGCAGACUCAGGUCGAAGGCGGCGCGACCCUCUUCGAGUUCGACUACUACGGCGAAAAGGCUUAUUUGACGCAAUCCUCCCAGCUGUACCUCGAAACAUGUCUCGCCUCGCUCGGCGACGUCUUCUGCAUUUGCCCAUCCUUCCGCGCCGAGAAGUCUCUCACCCGCCGCCAUCUGUCGGAAUACACGCAUAUCGAGGCCGAAUUGGACUUCAUCACCUUCGACGACCUCCUGACGCACCUCGAGCACGUCAUCUGCCGAGUCAUCGACCUCACGCUCGCGGACCCGAUCAUCGCGGCCUACGUCAAGGAACUCAACCCCAAAUUCAGCAAACCUAGCCGGCCCUUCCGUCGCAUGAAGUAUGCCGAGGCCAUUGAAUGGCUGGUCGAGCACAACAUUCCCAACGAAGAAGGCGAGCCGCACAAGUUUGGCGACGACAUUGCCGAAGCCGCCGAGCGCAAGAUGACCGAUGAGCUGAACGUGCCGAUUUUCCUCACCCAUUUCCCUGUCGAGAUCAAGGCGUUCUACAUGAAAAAGGACGAGAGCGACAAGAGAGUCACCGAGAGUGUCGACCUGCUCAUGCCAGGUGUGGGUGAGAUCGUCGGCGGCAGUAUGCGUAUGGAAGACUACGAUGAGCUCAUGGCCGCGUAUAAGCGGGAAGGAAUCGACCCUGCUCCCUACUAUUGGUACACUGACCAGAGACGAUAUGGUACGUCCCCUCACGGCGGCUACGGCCUAGGUCUCGAACGAUUUCUCGCUUGGAUGUGCGGCCGCUGGACGGUGAGGGAAUGUGCCCUCUACCCGCGGUUCGCGUAUAGAUGCACUCCUUGA